AUAAAAUCAUUAUUACUAAAUCUAAUCUAUAGAUGGAAGGAAAUUGAAAUGCUUUGACGAAACGGUGUAUCGAACAACGGCGUAGGGUUGCGUUGAAAAUUUGAACGUUGAAAUCUCUUCAAGAAAAUGCAUAUUUUUAAAUUCUUAAAUUGGAUCUCCUUCUUCUUCCUUUGUUUCUCUCUCUUUUAUUACUACCGCACUGCCCAAAUCUCUCCCUAUUUCCUUCUCAAUAUGGCUCAAGAUUCCUCCAACUCCGUUUUUGAUUUCACUGUCAAGGAUAUUCGUGGGAAUGAUGUGAGCCUUAGUCAAUACAAGGGGAAAGUUCUUCUGAUAGUGAAUGUUGCUUCUGAGUGUGGUUUAACGAAAUCAAACUACAAGGAGCUGAAUGUAUUGUAUGACAAAUACAAAAAUCAAGGUUUUGAGAUAUUGGCAUUUCCUUGCAAUCAGUUUGCAGGACAAGAGCCAGGAAACAAUGAACAGAUUCAGGAAACUGUAUGCACAAGGUUCAAAGCUGAAUUCCCCAUCUUUGAUAAGGUUGACGUUAACGGGAAGGAUGCAGCACCAAUAUAUAAAUUCCUGAAAUCACAAGAGGCUGGCCGUGGACUAUUUGGCGAUGCCAUCAAGUGGAACUUCACAAAGUUCUUAGUGAACAAAGAAGGGAAGGUAGUUGGUAGAUAUGCUCCUACCACCUCGCCUUUCAAGAUUGAGAAAGACAUCGAGAAUCUAUUGCAAUCUGCUUGAAAACAAGGUCAGGAACCAUACACAAUGAACUCCAAAAGUGCUUAUUUACAUGGCUUGUUAGUUAUGGGAUUGCGCUUAUAAAUGUUUGUAUGAACAUGAUUAUAUUUUCUCUGAACCUUGCACAUAUAUAUACAGUGUUACGUGGUGAAAUUUGAAUUUUAUUUAAGAGGUCUUCAUUUGGCA